GCUAAAAAACUAGGAGCAUACCUUGCGCCUUCCGUAAACAAACACCGAAGCGCUAUCGAAGCAUCUCCACUGAACCGGACGCCGGCUACUGGGAGCAAGAGUCGGACGAGGAGCACAACGACAUCACCAGGUGGUGUUUUGCGGUAGCUGGAGUGUACUUUGUGCGACUUGGUGAUAAGGAACGUGAAGAGAUGUAGCCAAUGAGAGGACACGGUUUUGUGUGCACACGACUUAUGGUACUGUGUAAGUAUCUAGGUUGUAUUUGGAGUGGUCUGGAGUCGGAUUGAUACGCGAUGGUCGGCCGGCGCGGGAAAAAAUAGAAAACGGGAAAUUGGCUUCUUCCGUUGAACUCAUCUUUAGUCUUGGUCGUCGUCGAGGAUGCGGUUAUGGUCGUCUCCAGUAACGGUGAGCAUGCGCAUAGCGUCUAAUGCGCGUAGAAUAGCACGACACGCACGACACCACAGCGCACUAGCUCAGCCUCAGCCUCGUCCCGCUCCACCAACCUCGGGAAAAACAGACCCAUAUGUCCUCCUCGCGCCGCAUCUCGAACAGCUGCGUACUUCCCUGCUCACCCUCCUCGGAAGUUCCCAUCCAUCCCUUAAUGCCAUAGCCCAAUACUACUUCCUCCAUCCCUCCAAACAACUCCGACCCCUCCUCGUCCUCCUCUUCGCGCGUGCAACAAACGGACUAGGCGCCGAAUUCCCCCAAGUAAACUGGGCAGCAGACAAUGCGAGAGCACGCCAACAAGAGCUCGACGCGCCUUUGACUCGAAAAGACGUAUUAUGCGACUGGAAUCCCAGCAUGCCAGACCACACCGCGUCAUUCGAGAGCGCGUUCGAGCUGCGCAUACCCCCACCCCAACCAUCCCCAUAUACCCCACCACCCCCACUCCUCCAUCAAACCCACUCGCCAGCACUCACCCAUACGAUGCUUCCUACGCAGUUGCGCCUGGCACAGAUCGUGGAGAUGAUACAUGUUGCUUCUUUACUCCAUGACGACGUGCUUGACAAGUCGCCCCUUCGUCGCGGCGCAGCUAGUGCACCAGCUGCUUUUGGGAACAAGCUAGCUGUGCUGGGCGGUGAUUUCUUGCUUGGACGCGCGAGUGCUGCGUUGAGUCGGCUAGGGAGCAAUGAGGUGGUAGAGCUCAUCGCGAGCGUUAUUGCUAAUCUUGUAGAGGGUGAGAUUUUGCAGAUGAAGGGGAAUGGAGGGGAAGCUGCUCCGUCGUCGUCGUCUGCGGGUAAUGACAUUGACCUAAAGUGUCUUCAUUCUUCCCCGUUAUCGACUCCCUCCGAUAAAUGGUCUAUUUAUCUUAAAAAAACAUAUUUGAAGACGGCUUCGCUUAUGGCUAAAGGAGCGCGCGCUGCUGUCGUACUUGGAGGAUGUAGAGAAGGCGAAGUGUGGAAAGAAGUGGCGUAUGCGUAUGGGAGGAAUUUGGGUAUUGCAUUUCAGCUCAUAGACGACACCCUCGACUUUUCCUCCUCUACAGCUCAGCUCGGCAAACCCGGCUUUGCAGACCUGCGGCUCGGACUCGCAACAGGACCCGCGCUCUACGCAGCUGAAGAGUUCCCAGAGCUCGAAGCGAUGAUAGGGCGGCGGUUUGGUGGGGAUGGAGAUGUCGAGACGGCCCUGACGUUGAUCUCAUCUUCUCGUGGUGUAGAGCGUACGCGUGAGCUAGCGCGUGUACAUGCUGAGAAAGCACGAGAGGUGUUGGCGUUCUUGCCUAGGAGCGAGGCUAGGGAUGCUUUGGAGGGGUUGACGGAGGGUGUUGUGAGGAGGCAGUGGUAGAUGCCCUUGAGAGAUGGACGGUGAACCAGGCCUUACCCAUGUGCUAAUGCAGUGUUGAUAUCCUAGUUCACACAUGGACCUGCUGAUCCAUAGCAAGUUGAGACGCGUCAUAGCGUGUCUUGUCAGCGAAAGUAUUACAUAAUUUAUCGAUCAUCGUUCGCAUUACAUAGAACACGUACACAACGUCAUCACAAUUCAGUCUCGUUGAUUUUGAGCCAGCACCAACCAAGGUUUGGACAAGCUUGUGCAUAGGUGAUUUCACGGGGGAUUGGGUGAGAUCUGAAGCAACCAUUGUACUCGUGAAGUGGUUUACGCUCGAUCGGAGUGAGCUAGUGGAGUGCUCUCCCU